UAAGGCAGAAGGCUAUGUGUGAGACUUACCUGAAACGCCAAGCUGCCAGCUGGAAAUAUUUGUGGACUGUACCUUGGCUGCCCCAUUGUGUAGCUCACAUAUUGUAAAUCACGGAGCCCUGGAGGAAGGGACAACGUUGAUAAUGAAAAUGGACAUGGAGGAUGCUGACAUGACUCUAUGGACAGAGGCUGAAUUUGAAGAGAAGUGUACAUAUAUUGUAAAUGAUCACCCCGCAGAUUCCAGCACUGAAACUGGCACCAUAAUGCAGGCUGAGUCUUCCUUGCCAAGGAAUUUGAUCUUCAAAUAUGCUGGAAAUUGCAAAGAGGUUAUUGGAGUCAUUAGCAAAGAAUAUAUCCCCAAAGGAACACGUUUUGGACCUCUGGUUGGAGAGAUCUAUACCAAUGACACUGUUCCUAAAAAUGCGAACAGAAAAUAUUUUUGGCGGAUCUACUCUGAUGGUGAGCUUCACCACUUCAUCGAUGGAUUUAAUGAGGAAAAGAGCAAUUGGAUGCGCUACGUAAACCCAGCUCAUUCUGUUCAGGAGCAGAAUCUGGCUGCUUGUCAGAAUGGAAUGAACAUUUACUUCUAUACCAUCAAACCAAUCCCUGCCAACCAGGAAUUACUUGUGUGGUAUUGCCGGGACUUUGCAGACAGGUUGCACUAUCCUUCUACUGGAGACCUGGUGAUGAUGAAUAUCACACACAGCCAUGUAAAUCCAAAGCAGCAAACUAAUAGCAAAGAUGAACUUUAUCAGAAAAAUGUGCCCAAAAGAGAGCACAGUGUGAAGGAAAUCCUGAAAAAUGAUUCUAGUCAUCCUAAAGGAAAAGACUUAUUCCACACCCACAUUUCAUCACAUAUUGAAGAAAAAGACUUUGAAGGCUUAAGAAAAAACUGUAGCCCCGAAAGGCCUUUCUAUCCACGCAUUGUCUACCCAAUCCGACCUCAUAUCCCAGAAGAUUACCUGAAGGCCUAUGGGUUUGAGAGGCCUAGUUACAUUGCCCAUUCACCCAUCCAGUCUUCUACCACACCAAGCCCCUCAGCAAGAAGUAGCCCAGACCAAAGUUUAAAAAGCUCAAGUCCUCACAGCAGCCCAGGAGUUACAGUUUCACCCUUGGCUCCUGUGUCUCAAGAGCACAGAGAACCUUAUCCAUACUUGAAUGGACCCUAUAGCUCAGAAGGUUUAGGUUCGUAUUCUGGAUAUGCAACCUCCAACCAUGUCUCACAAGCCUUUAUACCUUACAAUCCCCCCUACCAUAAAUUCCUGUUACCACCAUACAACAUGAGCUGUGGCAGCCUGAGUACUUUGAGCAGCAUCAGCAAUUUCAACCUUCUCCCAAGGAUGUAUCCCUUCUACAGCAACAUAUUCAAUGGAGGAAGCCUUUCUAGUCAUAUGCUGAAUCCAUCUUCCCUUCCAAGUUCAUUGCCAUCUGAUGGAAGUCGCCAGCUGUUGCCACCUGACCACCGAAGGGACUUCCUUAUCCCUGCACAUAACAGUGCCUUCUCCAUCACAGGAGCUGCUGCCAGCAUGAAAGACAAACAGUGCAGCCCAACCAGUGGGUCACCCACAGCUGGCACGGCAGCUACUUCAGAACAUAUAAUGCAACCUAAACCUACCUCAGCAGGGCUGGCUGCCACCAGCAGUGAAGAAGCCAUGAAUCUCAUCAAGAGCAAGCGUAAUAUGACUGGUUACAAAACCCUUCCAUACCCACUGAAGAAACAGAAUGGGAAGAUAAAGUAUGAAUGCAACGUCUGCUCAAAAACCUUUGGCCAGCUCUCUAAUCUGAAGGUCCACCUUCGAGUACACAGUGGAGAAAGACCAUUCAAAUGUACUACAUGUAAUAAAGGAUUUACUCAGUUGGCUCACCUCCAAAAGCAUUAUCUGGUACACACAGGAGAAAAACCUCAUGAGUGUCAGGUUUGCCAUAAACGAUUCAGCAGCACAAGCAACCUGAAGACACAUCUGCGGCUCCACUCUGGAGAGAAGCCUUAUCAGUGCAAACUCUGCCCUGCUAAAUUCACCCAGUUUGUGCACUUGAAACUGCACAAACGUCUCCACACCAGAGAGCGCCCGCACAAGUGUAUCCACUGCCAUAAGAGCUAUAUCCACCGCUGUAGCCUCAAGGUCCACCUUAAGGGCAACUGCCCUGUUGUCCCCGCAUCUAACCUUUCCACAGAGGACUUGAAUCGGAUCAAUGAAGAAAUAGAGAAAUUUGACAUCAGUGACAGUGCAGACAGGUUGGACGAUGUCGAGGACAAUGUUGACAUGGCAUGUGUAGUCGAAAAAGAAAUAUUGGCUGUGCUUAGAAGAGAGAUAGAAGGAGCCAGUCUUAAAGCAACAUUGCAGAGGAACCCGGGGAAUGUGCUGAUUGCCUCAGGAUGUAAUCUUUAUGAAUCAUCAGAUAUUGUGAAGUUGCCUCAUGGUCAUCCACUAUCUCGGGUACCUGUAAAGGUCAAGCAAGAAACAGUUGAACCAAUGGACCCUUAAAUACUGUGUAAACACCCCAAAGAUGUUUCCUGCAAAGGAGGUUUUUGUUAAGGCUUUUUCCAGUGAAGUCUUAUUGGGGAAUCUGAUGUGUGGAUUCUCGGGGGAAGAAAACGUGAUGGAUUUUUCCCCCCUCAUCUGUCUGCCACUUUCCUUGGAAAGAAGUUGGUAACAAAGUCCUUUAUUGGCAUACCAGUUUUUUGUUUGUUUUCCUGUAUGACUCAAGAUUUCUCUCAGUAUUUGUAUUAGUACAUUUUGUGGUUAAUUUAAUUAAAGAUUCAAAGGGCAUUGCAAAGUUGCUGAACAACAGUUACCUCAUUGAGUGUGUCCAGUGGUGCAGAAAAUGCUGUUUUAUCUAAUGCUUUGCUACUUUAGAGAACAAACCAAAAUGUGCAGAGAAGACAGAAUGCUUUUUUUCUUUUUUCUUUUUUUUUGUGUUGCUAAGCCCAAAGAUAUCAUGUCGGCAUACAAGGUGUAGCAAAGAAUACAUGUGUAUUUAUAGAUAUUUAUACCAAUAUACCAUAUAUGUGUGAGUGUGCAUGUGUGUAUGUGUAUUUUUAUACUACUUAAGUUGGUGAGCCAAACUCUGUAAUAUCACCUAUUUUACAUAACCAGCUUCACCCUCCAAAGGGCUAAAUUAUCAGUCUGUAAACCAUAAUACAUGCUAAGGAAUUCAUCAUCUGUCAAUAUACAUGUACAGUAUUUUACCCAAAGCUUGAUCCUGCAAGCUGCUGUUGAUAUGAAUAUAUUUAUCCAUAUAGUACACACAAAGAAUUCAUUAAGAUUUUAUGGCUUCUAUCCCCUUAGAUUCUUGCUGAGGACUUUGAAACAAAGCAACAACCAAAAAUCUAGGCUGGAGAAACCCCCACACCCCAAAUCUCACCCACCUAUAUAUGGUAUAAAUAUAAUACAGACUGGUAAAGAGUAGAAUGAACUAUUUAAAGUGUUUGGGGAAGUGUGCCAUCAUUCCCUCUGUCUCUUAAAAGGCUGCAAGAUUGCAUGUAUGUAGCAGAAGAAAAGAACCACCACUGUUACACUCUUUACCAUUGUGUGUAUAUAUAUUCCUAUCUCCUUAUAGUUUUAAGGGAUUAGACUGUUUCAAAAAUGAUCUAAAUCUAAGGCCUUCUUAUUUAUAAGACCAAACAUAUCCAUGGCCUAAUAAUAAUCCAAUGAUAACUUUAAAUAUAAUUUUGAAGGAAGGACUGCAGUUCAUUACAUUUCUGCUCCCAUAAAUUGUGAGGCAAGCAUUUUUAAAUGUAGCAACGUUUCAUAAAUGUAGUACUUAACUGUAGGAUGAACCAAAGUACCACUACUAUUAACACUGGACACACACUUGCUUUUAUUAAUUGCCUGUAGUGCUUUCUUGUAUUUGAUACAAAUUUUACAAAGAUUUAUAUGCAGCUUUAAGAAUUUUACUCCUUCUCUGUCCAAUCUUUUCCUCCCCAUUUAGGACCUUUAACAUGUGAAUGUAGCAACAAUCAGUGUUUGGUGUGUUUUUUUUGAAGAAGAGGCUCUGACCAAAGUUA